AUGGCCAUCUUCAAAAGAAAUAACCGCGCAACGGACGCAGGCGAUGCCGCCCGCAACGGCUCCGCCAACGACAACGACAGUGAUGCCUCGUCCGCCAAGGGUCUGCGCAAGUAUGCUCAACGCAAACCUGCCAACACUGCCUUCAAACAGCAGCGUUUGAAAGCAUGGCAACCCAUUCUCACACCAAGGACUGUUCUUCCCGCCUUCUUCCUUGUCGCCAUCAUCUUUGCUCCUAUCGGUGCCGUCCUCUACUACUUUGCCGAGCAGGUCAACGAGUUCACCAUCGAUUACACCCAAUGCUCUACAGCAGGAACUGAACAGGCUGUCAUUCCUUCGUCCAAGUUCGACUACCAGCUCCACGAAAAGAACACCACCAAUUUCCAGCCGCCCACCUGGUCCUGGGAUGCUGGAACAAAAACAUGCAGUCUCUACUUCAGCGUGCCUUCCAGACUCGAGAACAGCGUCUUCAUGUACUACAAACUCACAAACUACUACCAGAACCACCGACGAUACGUCAAGUCAAUCGAAUCCGACCAACUCAAAGGCAACGCCAUCGCAUAUGGCACCGUUAAGGGUGGCACAUGUAAGCCCGUCGACGUUGAUCCUGCCACCAACAAGAUCAUCUACCCUUGCGGUCUCAUUGCCAACUCGGUCUUCAACGACACUUUUAGCGACCCCGUGCUUCUCAACGUCGCUGGCUCCGAUUCAGCCAAUCAGACUUAUGUCAUGAGCGAAAAGAACAUCAUUUGGCCGGGCGAGAAGAACAAGUACUCCAAAACUUCAUACAAAGCAGACCAGAUUGUUCCACCACCCUACUGGCUCGGCGCUACCGGUCCCUUUGGCUUCCCAAACGGCUACACCGAUGACAACAUCUUCGAUCCUAGCGAGAAUGAACACUUUAUGGUGUGGAUGCGCAUUGCAGGUCUUCCCACCUUCCGCAAGCUCUACAAGCGUAACGACACAUCUGCUAUGGAACCCGGUCGCUACUUGCUCCAGGUCGUUGACAACUACCCUGUUGCCAUGUUCGACGGUACCAAGAGCGUGGUCUUUAGCACCGCAUCCUGGGUGGGAGGCAGGAAUCCUUUCCUCGGCCUUUCCUUCAUUGCCGUCGCUGCAUUGGCGGUGUUGCUCGGUCUCAUCUUUACUGCGCGUCACUUGAUCAAGCCAAGGAAGCUCGGAGACAUGAGCUACCUUUCUUGGAACCAGCCAGAUUCCUAA